ACCUGAAAUUUAAUGCUAAACAAUUUUCAUAUAAUACUUGAUAACCACUUUCAAUAAUAUCCAUCACACUGAACAAAUAAAAAAUAAUAUCCAUCUUAUUUGAUUUGAUAUUACAACCUCAACACCACCUAAUAUCCCACCUAAUCUUACUUUAAAAAAUGUAAGAAAAAAAAAAUGAUCACCAAACAAGCUGGAAACAAACACCUUUGCUUAGUUUCAAAGUGAAGUUGACCUCCUUCAAUCUUCCUGCCAAAUUUCAUCAACUAUAACUCUCUGUCUUCAAAUCUCCCCACAUCCAUCAUAUCACACUUACAUCUCCUUUGUCAUUUUAUUACACACACUACUCAAAAAACCUGAAAUCAAGAAAACAUGAGAGCUAACAAGCCACAAAGCCCCUUCAAUCUAAAGAUAAUCUUAAUCUGCUUCUUCUUUCUCUUCCUUCUCUUCUUGAUUCUCAGAUCAACUUUCUCCUACUCCCAACAACAGAAUAACUCAACCCCCCACACAGAGACACCAACAAACCCUAACCCUAAAGACUGCUCUUUUAUUCCAACAUGCACAAAAAUCGCACCUUCACUAGCACACGCGCUCGUCCACUACGCAACACUGAACAUCACCCCACAGCAAACCUUCAAAGAAAUCUCCGUCUCCCUUAAAAUCCUCGAAAAAAAAUCACCCUGCAAUUUCCUCGUCUUCGGAUUAGGGCACGACAGCCUCAUGUGGACAUCGCUCAACCACGGCGGCCGUACGGUAUUCCUGGAAGAAGACAAGUCGUGGAUCCAGCAAAUCAACGCCCGAAUCCCUUCACUCGAAUCCUACCACGUCAAUUACGAUACGAAGGUGACGCAAGCCGACGAGCUCCUCGAAAUCAGCGAGAGGGAAGAGUGCAGAACUGUGAGCGAUCCGAGAUUCUCGAAAUGCCAGCUGGCGCUGAAGGGAUUGCCGAGUGAGAUUUACGAUAUCGAUUGGGAUUUGAUCAUGGUGGAUGCGCCGACAGGGUACUUCGACGGUGCUCCGGGGAGAAUGAGCGCGAUUUACACCGCCGGAUUGAUGGCGAGGAACAGAGAAAACGGUGAAACUGAUGUGUUUGUGCAUGAUGUGGAUAGAGUUGUAGAGGAUAAAUUCUCCAAGGCGUUGCUGUGUCAAGGUUAUUUGAGAGAACAAGAAGGGCGAAUUAGACAUUUCACUAUCCCAAGCCAUAGGACUCGUUCGGCUAGACCAUUUUGCCCCUAGGGAGAGACAUUAGUUUCAAAAUGGCUUUGUGGUUUUCUUUUUUUGUUUCAUGUUAUCAUUUCUGUAUUUUUUAUUUUUUUUACAAUUUUUUGUACUACGUAUGAAAUAAAUAUGAUUCGAGAAGAAAUUGGGAUUCACGUACGAAUAAACAUUUAUAAAUUUUAUGUA